AUGGCCGACGACCAAGACCUUUCAGAAGUGGAGAUGAGCCCAGUGGGCUCUGAAGACCACCACUGCCUCUCACCAGGACCUUCCAUGGCAUCAGACAACUCCUCGCACCUUGCCGGCUCCGGGAAUGGGGAGAUGGGGAAGGUCAAGAAGGAACAGCAAGACUCAGAGGCGGAUGACGACAAGUUCCCUGUGUGCAUCCGUGAGGCGGUCAGCCAGGUGCUGAGCGGCUAUGACUGGACCCUGGUACCCAUGCCUGUCCGGGUCAAUGGAAGUAACAAGAGCAAACCCCAUGUCAAACGGCCUAUGAACGCCUUCAUGGUCUGGGCACAGGCUGCCCGGAGGAAAUUGGCUGACCAGUACCCGCACCUCCACAACGCCGAGCUCAGUAAGACCUUGGGGAAGCUCUGGAGGCUGUUGAAUGAAAGUGACAAGCGGCCCUUUAUCGAAGAGGCGGAGCGGCUGAGGAUGCAGCACAAGAAGGACCAUCCCGAUUACAAGUACCAGCCCCGCCGGCGGAAAAACGGCAAGGCCACGCAGGGCGAGGGCGAAGGCCAGGUGGAGGGGGAGGCUGGUGGGGCUGCUGCCAUCCAGGCCCACUAUAAGAAUGCCCACCUGGACCACAGGCAUCCUGGCGAAGGGUCACCCAUGUCCGAUGGGCACCCAGAACACCCCUCAGGUCAGAGCCAUGGGCCCCCUACACCUCCUACCACCCCUAAGACCGAGCUGCAGGCAGGCAAAGCUGACUCCAAACGAGAAGGGCGUUCCCUGGGGGAAGGGGGAAAGCCCCACAUUGACUUUGGCAAUGUGGACAUCGGGGAGAUCAGCCACGAAGUGAUGUCCAACAUGGAGACCUUUGAUGUCAAUGAGUUUGACCAGUACCUGCCGCCCAACGGACACGCCGGCCACCCGGGCCAUGUCGGGGGCUACGCGGCAGCCGCGGCUGCUGGCUACGGCCUCGGGAGCGCCCUGGCUGCAGCCAGCGGACACUCUGCCUGGAUCUCCAAGCAGCACGGAGUCUCCUUGUCCACGGCCACCUCCUCGGUGGUGGAUUCCAAGGCCCAGGUGAAAACAGAGGGCUCAGCCCCCGGAGGUCACUACACCGACCAGCCCUCCACCUCCCAGAUAGCGUACACGUCCCUGAGUCUGCCCCACUACGGUUCAGCCUUCCCCUCCAUCUCCAGGCCACAGUUUGACUACCCAGACCACCAGCCCUCAGGACCCUACUACAGCCAUUCCAGCCAAGCCUCUGGCCUCUACUCUGCCUUCUCCUAUAUGGGACCUUCUCAACGUCCCCUUUACACUGCCAUCUCUGACCCUGCACCCUCUGUGCCACAGUCCCACAGCCCCACACAUUGGGAACAGCCGGUGUACACGACUCUCUCCAGACCGUAG